CGGCCGGUGCUCGUGGACGCGCGCACACGCGGAGACGCGGAGCUGCGCGGAGGACGGUCGCACCGACGCCGAGUGGGAGCGUGUGGACACCGCGGAAGGCGUCAUGGUCGUGUCCGUGCGGAGCUGGGUCGCCAACGAGGGAGGAAAGCACUUGGUUCUGAUGCUGUGGUUGGGAGCAAACAGCUGGCUGUUCACAGAGACCUUCCUCUUCUACUACACUGGGAAGCAGUAUCACUACCUCUACAAGAUGCUCGGGCUCGGGCUGUGCAUCAGCAGGGCGUCUGCGUCUGCGCUGAACCUGAACUGCAGCUUGGUGCUGGUGCCCAUGUGUCGCUCCCUGCUCACCUUUGUCAGAGGAACACGCACGGUGUCGAGCAGAAAGACGCGCAGACUGCUGGACAAGAGCAAGACUUUUCACGUGGCCUGCGGAGUCGCCAUCUGCAUCUUGUCUGUCGUGCAUGUGUCUGCCCACCUGGUCAACGUAAUCAACUUCAGCGAGAGCUACUCGGACGAGUUCCCAGCCCUGAAUCUGGCUCGUUACAGAGGGGAGGAUCCCAAGCUGAUCAUUCUCACCACAAUCCCAGGAGUCACCGGCGUCCUGUUGGUUCUCAUCCUCUUCCUGAUGUUCCUGUCGUCCUCACACUGCGUACGCGUCUCACACUAUGAGAUAUUUUGGUACACACACAACCUCUUCAUUGUCUUCUACGUCAUUCUGAUGGUGCACAUGGUCGGGGGGGCUCUAAAGUAUCAGACCAACAUCGAGGCCCAUCCUCCUGGUUGCCUCGAACCCAAUCGGACCAGCACCGAGCGGCAGAGCGAGGAGCUGCAGCAAGGACGAUGCCGAGAGGAGGCUCACUUCCAGCCACACUGCCCCCAGACCUGGCUGUGGGUGUCCGGUCCGCUCUGCCUCUACUGUGCGGAGCGCUUCUUCCGCUACAUCCGGAGCAGUGAUCCCGUCACCAUAGUGACGGUGAUCAGGCACCCCUGUGAUGUCAUUGAGCUGCGUAUGCUGAAGAAGAACUUUGCAGCUCGUCCCGGGCAGUACGUUGUCCUUAACUGUCCAGGCGUCUCUUCGUUUGAGAACCAUCCCUUCACUCUAACAACGUGUCCCACAGAGAACAAGGAAACCUUUGGCAUCCAUCUCCGAGUCGUGGGAGACUGGACUGAUCGCUUCACACAGCUGUUACUUCCUCAGCCGAGGUUGGGCCUGGAAAUCCUUCCCAUGAUGCAACAGAGGCGAUACCCCAAGCUUUAUGUGGACGGUCCAUUUGGAAGCCCGUCAGAGGACGUGUUUAACUACGACGUCAGUUUUUGCGUCGCCGGUGGAAUCGGAGUCACGCCUUUCGCCUGUGUGCUGCAUGCGCUCCUCGAUGGUUGGACGGGUUUCAGGUUGCAGAGGCUGUAUUUUGUGUGGGUCUGCAGAGAGCUCCAGUCGUUCUUCUGGUUUGCAGAGCUGCUGUGUGCCCUUCAUCACAAGCUUUGGAAGGAGAACAGACCAGACUACCUUAAUCUCAAACUGUACGUCAGUCAACCAGAAAACCUGCAGCGCAUGUCUGAGGAAAGAUACCGCCCACUCGCCUCCAGGCUGCUGGUUGGUCGACCCAGGUGGAAGCACCUGUUUGACGAGAUUGGAAGAAGCAAUAAGAACAAGCGAGUGGGAGUCUUCUGCUGCGGACCAAAGGGCAUCUCCAGGACCCUUCACAAGCUGUGCAACUCGGCCCGGUUCCCUGGGACGACCUUUGAGUUCAACAAGGAGUCGUUCAGCUGAGCUUUUACCCAUACGUGCACUUCAGGGUCCAUAUCAUCAACCUUGGACCGGAUGGGUUUUGGUUACUUGAAAUUGUGACGUCCAAGAAGCUUGAAAGAAACUGUGCACAUCUGUGAAGACAAAUGAGACAUACACUCACGGGUUGUACACCAUUAAUAUAAUGGUGAUAAUAUACAGUCUUGAGUCUUCUAGUUUUCUAUACACAGAUACUGUUUUUAAAUUGCUCUUGGAUUUCAUCAUUUACCCUGACUAUUGCCUUUUGUCCUGCUGGCGUCUAAUGGGAGCACGAGCAAAGGCUCUGACACUACUACUUAAAGUUUGCACCUACAAACAUAAUAAGAUAAUUCAAUGAGAAAUAGAAAAGGCAAUUAGUCUCUCAGACACACAGUGACUUGAAUAACAGUAAAACAAAACAGUGCCCUGUUCAGCUUAUCUAUGUUUAUACCAAGCAAACCUACACUACACCUCAAAGCAGUAUUUCUAGUUGUUGUUUUGUUAAGUUAUUUGUAUGUUUAGAACUCAUUUAAUGUAAUCUGAAACCUCUGACAAAGGGCAUAUGGCAAUAUGCUGAUUUACACAAGGAGGAUAGUGGUUAUAAAAAAUUUCUACGUCUGACACCAGGUUUAAGUUACUCUCCGGUCUCAAUAUAAUAAUAAUUUUAAAAAAACCUCCACACUGGAAACACUAGGAAUCAAACUCUUGAUAUUCCUCAUUUUCAUAACUGCACCUACUGUACUAUUUCACCACCUAUUUAGCCUAUAUGUAUUUAGCAUUUGAAAAAUACAAAUAUUCAAAUGUUAAAUUGUUUGUGUAUUUGUAUCUUGUUCUUUUUAAAGAACAAAACCAAAUCUGAAAUAAAGUAUUUUAUAUUUAUUA